AAAUGAAUCCGCCUCAACAAUAUAGAACUUAUCAACAUUUCACUUGCUUUGAGUUUAGCUACUACAAAGUUUGAGAGAUUGUCGGUUAAAAGUUUGAUCUUCAAUUGUGUUCGCCAAAAGCACUGUGUCCACCGCAUAUCUGAUUGUAGUUAUUGAGUCUUCAGUUAUGCAGAUGCAAAGUCGGUAAUAUAUUUUCCAAAGCUUCCUUAAAUAGUCGAAUAAAGUAGAUAUUGAACAGCAAGUUUGAUAGUAUACAGAUCUGCCUUAUUCCGGUUUUGACUAUUUUUAACUUUGCGGUUUGAUUCCGGAAAAUGAUUUUAAUGAUAAAAAAAUCACCGUCAAAUGUCUCCGUUGCACUAAAGUCUGAGAACUAGAGUCAACAGUUACUGAUGUUACAGUUAUAUUUGACUAGAGCAAGUCUUAUAAAAUUAUAGAUAAGUAAACAAUAAUUUCCGCUCUCGAUGUGGUUGUUGACAAAAUUAUCGAAUGCACCCAAAGUAAUGUGGGAAUUAAAAACGAUCAUCUAUUAAUUUAAAAAAUUAAUUUUGGUAAAAUCAGAAACGAUUUUGUAUUAAAUUUUAUUGAAGAAAUGAAUGAAAAUUAUCAAUUUAAAACACUCAAACCUACGCCACCGAAUAUUCUACGAGUUACACAUUUGUUGUAUUACAAUCUUUAAUUUAAUAAGAUGACAAUGAAACAUUAUAAAAAUUAAUUUAGGAACUAGAAGACUCGCUCUCUAUUUCCUUCCGUAUUUUGCAAAAAAAAAUACGUUAAGGUUACUUGACGAAAGGUGCGAAAAGUAAUAUGAAAUUUUACUCUCAUCCAAUGUAACCGAUACCCGAUAAUUAUGAACUUAAAUUUAAUUUUACUUGAGUUUACGUAUUCUUUUAUGACACUUUAUCGGCAUACACAUAAGUAUGUGUUAAAUGUGUUAAUUGCAAUUUCAACUAGAACUAUUAAACUGAAGGAGCAACUUGCUUUAUCUACUCUUGAAAAUUCGAGUUUAAAGUUUGCAGGUUUUAAUAACGUCAGUCAUGUUAUCUGUUAAAAAGUACUUUUAACAGAUUUUUAGAAUGAAUCAUGCCCAUUUUCAGACAAAACUAAAAUCACAUUUUAAAGUAAAAUUAGUAACAGUUUGAUCAAACCUGAUUUAUCAUAAUCAAAAAUCUGGUUUAUUUACGACAUAAUGAAUCGCAUCAAUCUCUUUUAUUGUGCAAAUACGUAAUACAAUUUCAUUAUGGAAGAUAAUUAUCUUUAUUAUUCAAUUCUAGGUAACUGUUUUCUCAAAAUUGUAUCAGUACACUCUAGUUUGUCAAACAGUAAUUUCUUGAAAUAAUUUAAAUGCACUCCAUUCCCAAAUUAUCUUAAAAUGGUAAAAUGAUUUUAAGGAAAAGUUAGCAGCAUCAAUGUACUAUAUUAAAACACAAUUAUUCGAAAAACAGUAUUUUAAAUGUUUUUUUAGAACAGUCUUUUAAGUGUUUGACAAUGUUGGUAAACUUCCCCCAAUCAAUCGCACAUUUUUUUAAUUGAAAUUAGUUAUAUCGUCACAAACAUUUAUCUUUUUACACUAAUUAUUUGCUAAUAACUGAUAAAGCUUUCAAUGCGCCAGAUAACGCGAUCCAAAUCAUAUCAUAAAAAUAGCAACACAGGUUUUAAAGACUAAAUUUUCAUCUUUAUUAAGAGCGCGUUAGUAGAGUAUCAAAAUUUGUAGUUUAUAGCGUGGUGAAAAAAUGGCCGAAUCACCAGAUUCCUUUAACUCAGCAAAAGUGAAAGAUUUGAUAUUUGCUUACGAGCGUCAAGUGUCUCAUACGGAUCCACUCGAGGAAUAUUAUUAUGAAGGACGCCAACGUGCCAAAUCAAUAGGCAAUGUGUUAUCUUACAAGAAUUUCCGUGAACCCGAAUUGAAAAUCAACAAUAUAUUGGACAUAGAAAAGGAAUUGGUGAAAAUUGAAGCCCAUCUGAACUAUUAUGAAGUGUACGAGAAGGACACGCAUGUGGCAUUUCAAGAACAACUAUUUAGCGUUUUGACUAAUAUUGUGAGCAUCGACCCUGAAGGCCACGAAAGUACUAUACAAAAGAAGCGAGAGUUAAUUGGUGAGACUCAAAAAUUGGCAACUAUCCUAAACUUGAAAUUGCCUACUGAUGGCAGUCACUCUUAUAGAGGCGUCAGAAGGACGUACAUCAGCGCAAUCAGAAAAGAGGAAAAUGUUCAUUCAAGCACAUCUCUAAGAAAUAAAGAACACAGAGUGACUUCAACUACAAGUCACUCAACAGUCAAUAGUGGAUUUCAAUCAGAAGAAUCCUUAAACUCCACUAAGGACUCCAUAGAAUUUUCUUCAAAGCAAGAGGAUGCACAAUCAGAAGACUUGAAAAAAUCAGAAGAUGCAACGGAAUCCCAAACUCCACCUCUCGCAGUAGUUCAAAAUGAUCCGGAAGCAGAACCCAAAAGCUCUUCCGCAGUUUCCAAAUUGAAGCGAUUUUUUUCAUUUAAACGAGACGAGAAGCCAGCAAUUCAUGUCACUGCGGCCGCUUAUUCUGGAGUGACCCGGUCCCAGUCCCUAAACUUAAAAACAUCCAGAUAUGUCCUAACAAAAAGAGACAAAACUGAAGAGCGAAAGCAAAGGGAAGAGAUUAUCAGCGAAAGCGAAGAAGGGAAUGAAGACGACAGUGUUACAAAUACAUCAACAACAUCAUCAAAUCGAAAUGGCACCGGUUAUACACAAGAAGAAAAAAUCAGCGAAGGUUCUGUUGAUCCCACUUUGUAUGUGGAAACUGUAAAAGACAUCGAAGAAUACAGAGACGUGCAAACGGAAAACAUCCGCAAUGUUUCUGUAUCCAAACUGAAAAGUUUGUUCGAGGAUAGUCGAAGGGAAUCCGGAGAAGGUCUGGCGUUACUAACAAAAAAACCAAACGUAUAUGGCUCAGCUUAUGACUUAAAUCUGCCAAACGCGCAGACGAACUUUUCACCAUUUAGGCUAACGAGAACUAUUUCAGGCAACUAUAUGAACUUCGUCGGAUUGCUCAGAAAUGUGGAUAUAGAGAAAAAUGGUGACUUGAAUAAAAGUAAAAGUUUAUCUGACUUGAAAGUAGCAAGCCUAUCUUAUGAAACAAACAGGAAUGUCAGACAGGUCGAUUUGAGUCAAGAGCUAGAUGGCGAUGAUGAUAAUGAUGAUUUUAACCAAGACUCAAUUGAAGUGAGAAGAGAAUCAUCCACGUCUGCUGAUGCUGGUGUUAACACAGAACAGACAUUAGAAACAGUUAAAGCACGAGAGCAAAAAGACAUUCAGUUUUUUGAAAAAGUCAGUGGAGGAAAUGUAGAACUUUUGAAGAAGACAUUUGAAGAAACUAAAAACAACAAGCACAAGCAAGACUCAAAGCAUGUUGUGAACGAGAAAGUCGAACCUGUUUUAUAUUCGGAAGAUCCACUAGUUAAACCUGAAGUUCGAAAUAAUGAGCACGAAAUUGUGAAUCAAACGCAAGUAAUUUUAGACAAUUUAGAAGACGCACAUUCCAUCGAAGCCCACCAAGAAUUUGUAGAUGUACUUGUUAAGGGCAAAGUGGAAAUUUUAAAGAAAGCAUUCGAUGGAAAUGAUGAAGGAGUACUUAACAGCAAUAAUAUAGAGAAACCUGAACCAAGACAAUAUGUAAUAGCACCACAAACUUCAGCAAGUGCAAUUGAUAUUGAAGAAACGCAAGAAGCAGUCAACACAUCUCUAGUUGAGAAGCAAAGUAUAGAAAUAAAUGUUAACAAACACGAAAUUCACGAAUUUGUGUCCAUUGAAUCUACUGGUUAUUCAACAGGUUCCAAUGGAGAUAGUGAGCAGUCAGUUGAAGUUGAACAAGUUGUAACGCCCGGUAUAGUGGGUGUUUUGAAAAACACAUUUGAGCACAUCAAUACCAGCACAGUUGUCGAAAACAAUGAAGAUACGAAUCAUGCAGUUACUAAGACUGUAAUUGAGCCAGUCAGGUAUACCACUGCCGAUCGUACACCAGAAAUUGUUGAAGAUUCAAUUCAGUCAACCGACGCAGAGAAACAGCAAACGAGCAAAGAUGUGAUUACAAUUGAACCAGUAUUAUACAACAUUUCACUGACUGAGGAGACUAAUGUGAAAGAUCUGACGAAUCAUGAAGCUGCAAUCACACAACUAGCAGAAGUAACAGAUGACACCGACAAAAAUAAAACGAAUAAUUCCAUAUUGGCAGUAUCAACGGAACUGAUAGGGAAGCAGUAUGAAGAUGAACCUGCUAAAAGCAGCAAGACUGCCCAAAUUGUUGAAAAAAAAUCCGAUCUAACUCAUUCUAAACGGAAAACGCUUCAGCUACCUGUGGAACUGAGAAUAGAAAAUUAUGGUGAAUUGAAUGAUACUACUGGGCCAGCAGAGAGUCCCUCCAAAGUCCCCAUUGACUUGUACAAUGGCGGUGAAAUCACAAUAGAAAACGCGAAGUCCGAAACGAGCGAAGUAGUCGAAGGUGGAUUUCAAAGCAAAACUGACACUUUUAUGAAAAUUUUGGAUUCACCAUCCGUAAGCUUAACUGCAGGUGCUUCAUAUUUUGAAAAUCAAAAUAAACACUUGAGCAGUUCCUCUAAAAUGUCUGUGUCAUACUCUGAAAAAAAUACAGCACUGCAGCACACAUCUUCCACUCGAGUUUCACAGCGAAUUUUAUCAUCAUCUUCGUCUCAGUUGUCCAGUAUGAAUUAUCUUCAAGCUCUUAAAGAACCCAAUUCAUAUUCGAUUAUAACAAUCAGUAAUCCAAAAGAUGAAGACUCAGUUGAAAUUGUUGAACUCGCAGACAGCCAAGAAGAACUAUCAAAAAGUCAAGAUACAAUAUUAGAAGAAAUCUUGAAAAAUGGUGAAACAAUUCAAAACGUGGAUGAGGAAUUUGAGAAACUUUUACGGGGGAAUUAAUCGACACUUAAUUUUUCCUUAUUUAUUGUAUUUAGAAUAUUUUAAUUUUUUUUGUUUACACUGUAAAGUUCUUGUCAGUGCAGCAUGAACAUUGCUGGAUGUUUCGCUAGAUUAUAAGUAUCUGCUUAUAUUUAGUGGCUUUCACAUCAGUAAUGUAAUACCAUGUAAACAAUAUUAAUUUAUAAUAAGCAUAUACCUUCUAAUCAAUAAUGUACAUCAUAUACUUAUGUAUAAAACCAUGUUAUUAAAAGUUACUAAAUGUAUUUUUUACA